GCGGUGGGGCAGUCGGCGGCGGCGGCGCUGGAGGCUGCGGGGGGCUGGAGCUCGUUGCCCAUCCUGGUGCUGACCUCCAAGGAGCGGGUGAGCCACAGGGCCACGGGGCCAAGGAUGGGUGCCGGGGCCAGUGCCGAGGAGAAGCACUCCCGCGAGCUGGAGAAGAAGCUCAAGGAAGAUGCUGAGAAGGAUGCCAGGACUGUCAAGCUGCUGCUGCUGGGAGCAGGGGAGUCGGGGAAAAGCACUAUUGUCAAGCAGAUGAAGAUCAUCCACCAGGACGGUUACUCUCUGGAGGAAUGCCUGGAGUUCAUCGCCAUCAUCUACAGCAACACGCUCCAGUCCAUGCUGGCCAUCGUGCGGGCCAUGAGCACCCUCAACAUCCAGUACGGGGACUCUGCUCGCCAGGACGACGCCCGCAAGCUGCUGCACCUCUCGGACACCAUCGAGGAGGGCACCAUGCCCAAGGAGAUGUCAGACAUCAUUGGGCGGCUCUGGAAGGACGCGGGCAUCCAGGCCUGCUUUGACCGUGCCUCCGAGUACCAGCUCAACGACUCGGCUGGCUACUAUCUGUCAGACCUGGAGCGCCUGGUGACCCCCGGCUACGUCCCCACGGAGCAGGACGUGCUGCGCUCCCGUGUCAAGACCACCGGCAUCAUCGAGACCCAGUUCUCCUUCAAAGACCUCAACUUCAGGAUGUUUGAUGUGGGUGGCCAGCGCUCGGAGCGGAAGAAGUGGAUCCACUGCUUUGAGGGGGUGACCUGCAUCAUCUUCAUCGCGGCCCUCAGCGCCUAUGACAUGGUCCUGGUGGAGGAUGAUGAAGUGAACCGCAUGCACGAGAGCCUGCACCUCUUCAACAGCAUCUGCAACCACCGCUACUUUGCCACCACCUCCAUCGUCCUCUUCCUCAACAAGAAGGACGUCUUCCUGGAGAAGAUCAAGAAGGCUCACCUCAGCAUCUGCUUCCCCGACUACGAUGGUCCCAACACCUACGAUGACGCGGGCAACUACAUCAAGCUGCAGUUCCUGGAGCUGAACAUGCGGCGGGAUGUGAAGGAGAUCUACUCCCACAUGACCUGCGCCACCGAUACCGAGAACGUCAAAUUCGUCUUCGAUGCUGUCACUGACAUCAUCAUCAAGGAGAACCUCAAGGACUGUGGGCUUUUCUGA